CUGCUUUUUGACAGCUCUCUCCUGGCCGCAUCCCAGGGGUCUGGUGGGUUCGGGAACCUGUGACCCUCUCUCCGCGCGUCCCCGUCCCCCCGCUGUGGCCCCGGCCCCGGCCAUGAAGCGUAUCUUCUCCUGCUCCAGCUCACAGGUGGCGGUGGAGAAAUGGAACCGCAGUGAUCAGAAGCUGCUGGAGGCCGUGCAGCGGGGGGACGUGGGGCGUGUGGCUGCACUAGCCUCCAGGAAGUCUGCCCGACCCACCAAGCUUGACCCUAACGGCCAGUCCCCGUUUCACUUAGCAGCAUCCAAGGGCCUGACAGAAUGCCUGACCAUACUGCUUGCAAACGGGGCAGAUAUCAACAGCAAGAAUGAGGAUGGAAGCACCGCCCUCCACCUGGCCACCAUCUCCUGUCAGCCACAGUGUGUCAAGGUCCUGCUGCAGCAUGGCGCCAACGAGGAUGCUGUGGAUGCAGAGAAUCGUAGUCCAUUGCACUGGGCAGCCUCCUCUGGCUGUGCCUCCAGUGUGCUCCUGCUGUGUGACCAUGAAGCCUUCCUGGAUGUCCUGGACAAUGACAGACGGACGCCCUUGAUGAUCGCAUCAUUGGGUGGUCAUGCAGCCAUCUGCUCCCAACUUCUGCAGAGGGGCGCUCGGGUUAACAUCACCGACAAGGAUGACAAGUCGGCCCUGAUCUUGGCCUGUGAGAAGGGCAGCUCCGAGGUGGCUGAGUUGCUGCUGAGCCACGGAGCAGAUGCGGGGGCCACGGACAGCGCGGGACAUGAUGCGCUGCACUAUGCCCUGUGUACACAGGACCAGGAGCUGCGCAAGCUGCUACGGCAGGCCCUGAGCCGCCGGCAUCGGCGAGCAGGUCAGGGGUUGGUUCAACACCCUGAAGCAACAUCCAAGGCCUCUCUAUCCGAGGCUCAGGUGGGUUCUCCACCCAAGAGUCCAUGGAGAGCAGAGCCUGAGGAAGAGGAGGAAGAGGAGGAGGAGGAGGAUCCAAGCUCAGAGGAGUGGAGGUGGAAGUAUGAAGAAGAGCAGAGGAAGGUGGCUGUCUUGGAGCAAGAGCUAGGAAGGAAGACAGAAGAGUGUAAGACCCAGGCUGCAGCCUAUCUGGUCCUGGAGAACCAGAUUCGAGAGCAUGUGCAAGAUCUGGGGAACCUCUUAGCCAAGGAUCCAGGAGUUCCAGGAGGGCAGGGGUCUGCUCUCCGGCCUGGGGGCGAUGGCAUGGAGCAGGGUUGUCCUCUGGACCUGCUGGCUGAACGAAUCCAAGAGCUGAAGAAGCAGCAGCAGGCAGCAGCUGCAGUCAACGCAGCUCUCCAGAAGAGGGAAGAUUCAAAACCAGGCACGAUCCAGCAUGAAGCCAAGGGAAGGCCCCAGCCUGAUGAUGAGGGCCCACCCCAGAGUCCCAGGUCUAAGACCAUCGUGAAGGCUGCUGGGCAGCAAGUGACAUCCACUGGGGAACACGUUACUGGCCCUGAUCAUGCUGACCAGGAGAGACCACAGGCCUCUGGGGCUGAACCCACAGACAUGGGCUUUGAACGAGCAGGUGUAGCAGCUGUAAACCAACUCCUCUUACAGCUGAGGGAGGAGCUGGCAGCUGUGUGGCGAGAAAAGGAUGCUGCCCGAGGGGCUCUGUCAAAAUCCAUCCUGGAGGGGCCUAUGGGGACACCCCGGGCUGAAGCUGCUGCUGCGGCCUGGGAGAAGAUGGAGGCCAGGCUGGAGCGGGUGCUGGUGAGGCUGGACCGGGCGAAGGCAGGGCUCCAGGUGAAAGCAGACAGCCAGGCCCAGGAGCCCACAGAGGGGGCCCCAAAGGCUGCCCCAAGGUCUGCCACCACUGAGAAGGAAGGAAGGGUGAAGAAAGCCCCCGGGGCGGCGCGGGGAGAACCUCUUGGUGCACCAGGAAGGGAGCAGGUGUCAGGGGGAGGACUGGGGAAGGGUCAGCUGGAGAAAGAGGUGUCUGCGCUGAGGCUGAGCAACAGUAACCUGCUGGAGGAGCUGGGAGAGCUGGGCCGCGAGAGGCAGCGCUUGCAGGGAGAGCUGCAGUCCCUGAGCCAGCGGCUCCAGCGCGAGUUUGUGCCCAAGCCCGAAGCGCAGGUUCAGCUCCAGCAGCUGCGACGGAGCGUGGGGCUGCUGACAGAGGAGCUGGCCACGGAGAAGGAGGCCACAGAGAAGCUGCGGGAGCGCCUGGCCUCCCAGACCAGCAGCCUCCGAGGGCUGUGGGACUGCCUGCCCGCCGACCUGGUGGGCCAGGGCGGCGCCCGGGACCCCGAGGCCCAGCCCCUGGAGGAGCUGCAGGCCUGUGUCCGCACCCUGGUGCAGCGGCACCGCGAGGCCCAGCGCGCGCUGGCGCAGCUCGAGGAGGAAAACCGGCAGCUGCGGGGCUCCCCCGCACCACGCGGGGAGCCCGGAGUCCCCACCGCGGCCCCCGCCGCCCCGCAGGUGGCCGCGCUGGAGCAAGACCUGGGGAAGCUGGAGGAAGAGCUGCGGGCCGUCCAGGCCACGAUGAGCGGGAAGAGCCAGGAGAUCGGGAAGCUGAAGCAGCUGCUCUACCAGGCCACGGAGGAGGUGGCCGAGCUGCGCGCGCGCGAGGCGGCCAACCUGCGGCAGCACGAGAAGACGCGCGGCUCGCUGGUGGCACAGGCGCAGGCGUGGGGCCAGGAGCUGAAGGCGCUGCUGGAGAAGUACAACGUGGCCUGCCGCGAGAUGGGGCGCCUGCGCGAGGCGGUCGCCGAGGAGCGGCGGCGCAGCGGCGAGCUGGCGGCGCGGGCGGCAGAGCAGGAGAGCAGGGCGGGCGAGAUGCGCGGGCGCUGCGAGCAGUUCGAGAAGACGGCUGAGCUGCUCAAGGAGAAGAUGGAGCAUGUGGUGGGGGCCUGCCGGGACAAGGAGGCCAAGAUCAAGGAGUUGCUGAAGAAGCUGGAGCAGCUGUCAGAGGAAGUUCUAGAAGUGCGGGGAGAAAACACUCGCCUGGCCCUGCAAGUGCAGGAUUCCCAGAAGAACCACGAAGAGAUUAUUUCGACCUACAGGAAUCAUUUACUGAAUGCUGCUCAGGGCUACAUGGAACAAGACGUGUACAACAUCCUACUGCGGAUCCUUAGCUUGCAGGAGUGAGGCGGCGCCCAGUGUCCUGAGGACUGUGGGGUUACUCUGUUGGAGUAAGAGCCAGAAGCUCCAACAGGCUGCGGUGGGUGGGUGGGUGGGUGGGUGGUUGGUUACCAGGGUUGGAGUGGAGAGGUUGUCACCUGACAUGAUGGACCUCGGACCCUCACGCUGGAGUCAGCAUGGAUGAGAACAGAGCAGGUGUGGAUGGAAGCUAGCUUUAUGGCAAAUAAAGCGAGAGACAGGAUGGCGCUGCAUGUCAUUGACUUUCUGUCUGAAGAGGAGAGGGAAGGAAUCUUUUUUUUUUUUUACUCCUUUUUUAUUAUAAAUAUCUCCAUAAAU